AUGGAAGAAACCCUCACUAUAGCCUGCGCAAUCGGCUUGGUAGCCUCCAUCGCAGGCAUUCUGGCAGUAUACGACGGCAAACCCGUACCGGACUGGGGCAGCGACCUCAAUCUCAACGCUCUCAUCGCGCUUUUAUCAACAGUCCUACGGGCUCUGCUAGUCGUCACCGUCGCGCAGAUCAUAUCGCAGAGAAAAUGGGACUGGUUCAACGUCACGAGUGCCCGCCCACUGUCAGAUAUCCAGCGAUUCGACUACGGGAGCCGCGGGGCUUAUGGGGCGUUGCUUCUCAUUCCAACUGUUUUUCUCAAGGACUUUGUUACACUGGCUGCUGCGGUCGUGUUGCUGCUGUCGUUCUUGGUGGGACCUUUUGCUCAGCAGGCUAAUGGUGCGGCGCCGUGCUCAUUUCCUAGCGCUACGCUCAAUGCAUCACUUCCCUUCGCGCACACGGUACCUGGGAGUGGUGGCUACAUCCCUUUUACAGGUGGUUCAGACGGAGGCCCCACAACCGACCUUGUCGCCGCAAUUCUGUCCAGUGUCGUAUCGCCCUACGGCAUUGAGAACAAGAUUCGCACAAGUUGCCCCACGGGAAAUUGUACGUUUAGUAACCUGGGUCCAAGACCUGAACUGGAAAAGGCCUUCUUCGACUCUAAUCAGAGCAUGCAUUCGACAGUUGGAGUGUGCAACACGUGCACGAACGUGGCGUCUCUAGUGACGAGCGAGAUCGAGAGUACAGAGUGGAGUAACAACACUGUCCACUCUCUGCCAAGCGGCUUGAACCUAUCAGUAGGAGCAAGCCAUUUCGAAGUCUCGAUCAUGAAGCCAACUCCCGACCUCACAUGGAUGGGCAGUCUCCUAACCGACAGCGUCAGAGAAGCAUCCAGAUGGGCAUACGUCAACGCGACCCUCCUCAACAUCGGCAGUACCCCCAUCACCGCCUCAGUAUGCAGCCUGUACCCAUGCACACGCACCUAUAAAUCCAUAAUCAAAGACUCCGAGCUCCACGAAUGGGAAGCCCCCUCCUCAGCCAUGCGCCUCCAAAUCGGCGGCGCCCACCACGAAGAACUCGACCUACCCACUUACAAAAACAGCCUCUCCAACACGGAAUACGAAUACACAACAAGACGAGAGCCGUGCCGAGUAGGCCCCUGGACGCUAUACAAAGGCGGUUUCAUCCCCGAAGGCACCGCAACAGCGGAAUUACAACUCUUCGAUUUCACGCACGAGAAAUACGCGUUUGAGAAUAUGACAUGGCCGGAACAGUGUAUAUACCGGCAACCAGCCGAAUUCGUCAAAGCGGUCGCUAUGGUUAUGAACGACGAUAUUUUCGAUGGGUAUUGCCAGUCGUAUAAGACGUUCGAUUGCUUCAAGAACUGCAAGAACAGCGAGUUUUGCCAGUUGGAAAGUCAGUCUAAUCUGGCGCAUAUAGGCGUUAAUGCUGUACUGCGGCCGCUGGUAGAAGCAGAGGGCAGCUCGACCCAUGCUAACGUCACGAAACUUUUCGAUGCCGUGGCGAAUGCCAUGACCAAUCGUUUCCGGUUCCAGUACGGUAGCGCUACAGCGUGGGAUUUCAGCUACGGCGCGCAGGACCUGCCGUUGGAUGUGGUGUAUGGGCUCGCGUGGGAGACCAAAGCGUGUGUGGAAAUGAGGUUGAAAUGGCUUCUUUUCCCUAUCUGUCUUACCGUCGCUACAUGCGUUCUCUCCGUUUGGGUCAAUGUUACGAACUGGAGAAGGCGGCAUAGCGUUCCUAUCUGGAAAGAUAGUAUUCUGCCGCUGGUGUUCUACGGACAGAGUAUCAAACCGCAAGACGAUACUCCGUUGUCGCCUCAGCGAUUUGGAUUUGGCAGAGAGGCGGGUGGAGACAGGGCAGAAGGGCUCAUGGAAGCGAGUAAAAUGGCUGCGGCUAGUCGCGAUAUCAUGGUGACUUUCCAGUGGCCUGAUAGCCCACGAACGGACAAGUUUGAGGACAAACGUGGCCAGGGUGUGAGUUCGGCUGCGGCUUUGGCGAAGGAGUGUAAUGUCGCAAGUGUUCCGUUGAGGAGAAUAGAUAUUUGGGGCAAUAUUGUUGUGAAUGGUCGGAGGAACAAUUGA